AUGGCUUCACUGAAACACUUGCCUGCUGUAAAGGGCGCGAAAGUGCUCAUGGUUGGGGCAGGUGGUAUUGGCUGCGAGCUCCUUAAGACUCUCGCUCUCUCUGGCUUCCAAGACAUUCAUAUUAUUGACAUGGACACUAUAGAAGUCAGUAACCUCAACAGACAAUUCCUCUUUCGACAAUCACAUGUUGGGCAAUCCAAGGCUAAAGUUGCUCGGGAAGCUGUCUUAAAAUUUAGGCCUCACAUAAGCAUUACUCCAUACCAUGCAAAUGUUAAGGAUUCUGACUUCAACGUGGACUUCUUUAAGCAAUUUAAUGUUGUAUUGAAUGGACUUGACAACUUAGAUGCGAGGCGACAUGUGAAUCGCCUAUGCUUGGCAGCUGACGUUCCCUUGAUUGAAAGUGGGACAACUGGGUUCCUUGGACAGGUGACUGUACAUGUGAAGGAAAGAACAGAGUGCUAUGAAUGCCAACCAAAACCUGCUCCUAAAACUUAUCCUGUCUGUACCAUUACCAGUACUCCAUCAAAGUUUGUUCACUGUAUUGUAUGGGCGAAAGAACUUCUAUUCGCAAAAUUGUUUGGGGACAAGAAUCAGGCAAAUGAUUUGAAUGUCCGCUCUAGUGAUGGUGCUAGCUCAUCAAAGCAGGCAGAAGAUGUAUUUGAACAUAGAAAAGAUGAAGACAUUGAGCAGUAUGGAAGGAGAAUAUAUGAUCAUGUAUUUGGUUAUAACAUUGAGGUAGCUUUGUCCAAUGAGGAGACUUGGAAGAACCGCAACAGACCAAAGCCUAUAUACAGUAGUGAAUUCAUGCCUAAUGAUCUCAGUCAACAGAAUGGAAGUAUGGAAAAAAAUGGUGCAGCCAAUGAUAUAUCUUCAGUAUCUGCCAUGGCAUCUCUAGGAAUGAAGAAUCCACAGGAUGUAUGGAGCCUUAAGGAAAAUUCCAGAGUCUUUCUUGAGGCUUUGAAAUUAUUUUUCCUGAAAAGGGAAAAGGAGAUUGGAAAUCUGACUUUUGAUAAAGAUGAUCAGCUAGCAGUGGAAUUUGUUACAGCUGCUGCCAAUAUAAGGGCCGCUUCUUUUGGAAUCCCAUUGCAUAGCCUUUUUGAAGCUAAAGGCAUUGCUGGUAAUAUUGUACAUGCUGUUGCGACAACGAAUGCUAUUAUUGCUGGGUUGAUUGUCAUUGAGGCAAUCAAGGUGCUGCAAAAUGAUACAAAGAAUUAUAGGAUGACUUAUUGUCUGGAACAUCCAACAAGAAAAAUGUUGCUCAUGCCAGUGGAACCAUUUGAGCCUAACCGGUCUUGCUAUGUCUGUUCAGAGACACCAUUAUCUCUAGAGAUCAAUACUCAUCGUGCUAAGUUGCGGGACUUCGUAGAAAAGAUAGUUAAAUCCACGCUUGGGAUGAGCUUGCCACUCAUUAUGCAUGGCUCAGCCCUUCUUUAUGAAGUUGGUGAUGACCUGGAUGAAGAAAUGGUUGCAAAUUAUGCAGCAAACCUUGAUAAGGUGCUGUCUGAGCUUCCUACUCCAGUUACCAGUGGAACCAUGCUGACAAUUGAGGAUCUUCAGCAAGAACUAUCAUGCCAGAUCAAUAUUAAGCACAGAGAGGAAUUUGAUGAGGAGAAGGAGCCCGAUGGAAUGGUUCUCUCUGGGUGGACUCAAGCUCCUUCAGUGGUAAAGGAUGACAACGAGUCUAUUGCAAAUGCUGGAAGCACAUCAAAUGAGCCUCCCGUGGAGGCUGAAAAGAAUGAUGAGAUUGAAAUUCCUCCUGAAAAGAAAAGAAAGCUGUCCGAGGUUUCCGAGGCGGUCGAUCCAGAUUUAUCAAGUGUUGAUGGCGAUACAAGAAAUCCUGAUAAGUUGCAAGUUCUUGAUGAUGAUGAUGAGCUUAUGAUAUUUGAUAAUUGGGAUUCGGUCACCAACAAGAAGAAUAGAACGCAAUAG